UAUCCACACGCGCUUCUGUACGCCGUAGGCUGAUCGCGUCACGCGUCCUGUACUGUUUUAUCCUCUUUCUCCUGCUGUCACCUAUUCGCCAAGUGCAACCAACUCUUCUACACUAUUUAUUUAAUUCCUUUUCUCUUCAUUUCAAGUCCUCCCUACUUGGUCAACUAGAGUCACCCAACAUCAGUCACAUCAGGUCACUGGCUACCUGACAGACAAGUCAGGUCACAAAUCAUGGCUUCCGAUUCAGCAUCGCAGGUUUCAGUCGGAGCCCUCAGCGCCAUAUUCGACGACACAAAGCCCCAAGUACAAGAACCUAUUCUUCAGUGUGUUCAGAUCAAGCCGUUGCCUCCGCAGCAGAACAACCAAGAACGCUUUAGAGCUGUCUUCAGCGACAUCUCUAAUUAUGUUCAAACUAUGCUUGCUACUC